AUGAAAAUAUUAUUAAAUUUUUGUCUGUAAGCUCGAAUAAAUUUAUGAUAUAACAUAUAGUUUUGAAAGUAACAAUAAAACCCUUAGGUUACUCUCUCUGUCUCUCUGUCGUCGACUCGAGUAGGGGAUUCAGUUACGUUAAAGGAUUGUGCUUUGAAGAAGAACAGAUAAGAUGAGUGGAAGUGGAGAUAAUAAAGUUUCUGGAACCACGAAGACACCUGCUGAUUUCCUCAAAUCCAUCCGUGGGAGACCUGUUGUUGUGAAGCUCAACUCUGGUGUUGAUUAUCGUGGCAUUCUUGCUUGUCUUGACGGGUAUAUGAACAUAGCAAUGGAGCAGACAGAGGAGUAUGUUAACGGGCAGCUCAAGAACAAAUACGGUGAUGCCUUCAUCCGUGGAAACAAUGUUCUUUACAUCAGUACUGUGAACAUACCUUUAGCUGACGGAGCUUAGACUCUUCCUCAUGCAUUCAUCAUCAUCACCAGCCAUGGCUAUCUUAUAGAUGUUACCUGCUUUGACCUCUUUCUAAAACAACUCUUGCACUUGACGAUUGACAUGUAUCAAAGAUGUUUGUUUUUCUUGAAUGAAUUUUUGUUAUAAACAUGGUAAUAGCAGACGUCACUUAACGCAAACUAAUUUAAUUA